AUGUAUUGGCCCAUAGGAACCCCCAGGAUUUUUGCAACGAGCAGCAGAUCUGGUCCUGCCUUCAACCUAGUCGUCUCUCACGAUGGCAUACCCAGCCCUUUCGACAACCGAUCCGCCGACGGAUCCUCGCCGUCUUCGCACCCGGCCAUUCAGUCACCGUCGCAACGUGAUGAUGUCGAGCUGGCGGCUCCCCUUACACCGAUGACACCGGCCAUUCAAUCAGUCGACGACGACGACGCCCAAGAUCCAGCCAUUUAUCGCCAGUCGCCGCGUCUCAACACGAACCUGCCCUUGAAAGAUCCCAUCCUCGCCCUUCGCAUAUCCCGCGGCGGUCAGCUCUUUGCCGUCAUCACCUCUACAUCCAUGGCAAUAUGGCAAGCGAAGCCUACAGUGAUUCUCGCAGUAGUUGUCCGUUCCGAAUCAUCUCUUGAGACGUAUGGAGAAAACGUUGAUCUCUUGAUCCGGCCCGACUCGGCGAUUCUCGUCGUUCGAACGACUUUGGGUUACCUCAUCACAUACUCUUUGGCGACAGACUCCGAGGCUCAAGUCUACAAGCCUUAUUUUCCAAGCUACGCGAACGUCCAACGUCGUCGUCAAACCCACCACGGGGGACCGGGUAGUGCAACGCCAGACCAAUACCUCUGGGGUCCGGGCGAGGGCCAGGGGGUUCGCGACGUCAGCGUUCGCUUCAGGAUGGUUAUCAAAGUCGACGCAGGCAUAGAAAGUGCACUGGCUUUGGAUGACGAAUUGGUCGUGGCAACGCGCAAACCGGCAGCUAUCCAAUGCAUUCGUUGGACCCCGGACCAGAGCGGAAGCCAAACCAAAACAGAAAUUAUCAGUCGAAUGGGCUGGCUGGAGAAGAAGAUCACCGUUGUGGAAAUGACGCACGAUCGACCCAUGAACCUAUCGACGUGGAUCACGAGCGACGGCAGGGUAUAUGCGGUGCAGCGUUUGCACCCGCGGGAAGCUUCCCAAGCCGACUCGCAGGAUGUUGACCCCAAAAAACUGUUCAAGGGCCACUGUUUCCAUACGCCACAGAAACCUGAGGAAUUCGCCAAAAGAGCUGUCAUCAAUGCAAGGUUCUCACUCAUUGCUGUAGGUUGUGCAGAUGGCAGCAUACGUGUUUAUUCUGCUCGAGACUAUGCCGGCAAUAUCCCGCCAUCUCACGCACACAUGAAUCCCGUGUCAGCGACCGUGUCAGGCUCACUCGCCACCCUGAGCUACUCGCCCGACGGCUACUGCUUGUUCGCCGGAUUCGAAAACGGCUGGGCCAUCUGGAGCGUGUACGGAAAGCCUGGCAGUCACAGUUUCGGCGCUCAUGAAGCCAUCGUUGAGACGAACGGCGAGAACUGGAUCUCUGGCGUUGGUGACGCGAUUUGGCUCGGCAGUGGCUCGGAGCUUCUCAUCACGAAUCGUCGACACGAAGCGGUUUGGGUUUUAGAAAUGGCCAGGAGUGCGGUCGUGGGUUGCUACAACGCGGCGAAUCUGCAGCGAACGGUGCUCCAGACAAGCACGAAUGUGAUGAUAUACCGUGGGUAUGAUUUGCCGGAUCUAGCAAGUAUCUCCGCAGAGCCUCACCUGUGGCAUACGACGAAAGUGCCGCAAGCAUAUCUACUCCAACAGUGGCCGAUUCGCCAUACUGUGAUCUCGCCAGAUGGGCGGUAUGUGGCCGUGGCUGGGCGGCGAGGCCUGGCUCAUUACAGCGUCAACAGUGGGCGUUGGAAGACGUUUGUCAAUGAAGCUAUGGAAAAUGAGUUUCAAGUCAGGGGCAGCAUGUGUUGGUACCAGCACAUACUCGUAGCUGCAGUCGAGGCAAACAAAUCGCACGAGCUGCGUCUCUACUCGAGAGAGUCGCCUCUCGACAGCUCACUUGUGCUUCACACUCAGCAGCUGCCCGCGCCAGUAGUCUUGGUGGCGUCGUCAGGUGAGGACUCUCUGCUCGUCUAUACGUACGAAAAUUUGCUCUAUCACUUUAUCUUUGCGCCUUCCGGCGGCUCUAUAAGAUUGGUUCAGCUUGGGCAGAUUGCAUUCCACGGCAUCGUUCGGUCUCCCGCUAGAGUUCGUGGUCUAAGCUGGAUAUUGCCGGACAGUCAGCUGCUUGACGGAGAUCCGUCCCAGGACGUUGCAGUUGCCUCGGUCUUGUUCCUGGUUGAUGCCAAGCUGGUGUUGCUCCAGCCGUCAUUGAACCACGAAGGUCAUCUCAAGUACGACAUGAAGGUUAUCGCUCAAAACGUGGAAUUCCACGUCAGCAUGAGAGACCAACCGCAUCUGGAUGCGACAGCUGCGCAUUCUGAAGAAGCUGCGGGUGCGAGCGGAGGCGUUUCAUUGCGGAACUCCCUUUGGGUAUUUGAUGGCCACGAGUUCAAGCUUUGGCCCGACGUGCAGGAAGUGCUUCGGGCGGCAGCAAACGAGGUUUCGCGAGAUCUUCCCAAAACAAUAUCGGUUCCGCUAGAUUUCUAUCCCCUUUCGACCCUACUUGGAAAAGGUAUUGUGCUUGGUGUCGAGGCCGAUCUAGUGCAACGACGAGACAUAAGCUUCUCCUUCUUUCGCUUCACGAUAAGGACGCACCUUUUCCUGCCUGACAUCUUGCGCUUCCUGCUGACCGAGAACCGCGCUGUGGACGCCGUCAAGCUGUCGGAGCAGUAUCAGAAUCUAGAAUACUUUGCGCAUGCGCUAGAGAUUCUACUUCAUAAAGUCCUGGAUGACGAAGUGGAUUCGGGGCCAGCGCCGGAGGAUGCAAUUCUUCCCCGUGUUCUAUCUCUGCUGUCAUCAUUCAAGCAGUAUCUUGACAUUGUGGUGCAAUGUACGAGAAAGACGGAGGUCAGGCAGUGGAGGACACUCUUCGCCUACCUGCCGCCCGUGCAGGAACUCUUCGAAGAGUCUCUUCAGCGAGGAUCCCUCAAAACCGCAGGUGGUUAUCUGAUCAUCCUUCAUACUCUGGACGAGCUCGGCUCCGCAUCAGAGCAGACGGUCCGACUAUUAUCCAGGGCAAUGAAAGAGGGCGAUUACGAAUUGUGUAAAGAGUUGGCGCGUUUCCUGGCUGCUAUGGACGAAACCGGUGGCUCCCUCCGUGAGGCAAUGGAGGGCGUAAAUAUAACAGUAAGAGGCGAUCAAAACUCUUCUGGGAUCAUGACGAGGCUUGGGGUUCCUAGCCCGGGAAAUCGAGCCAUCAAUGGCUUAGGACUCAAGUACGCAGAGCAUAGCGAUGAGAUGGAGUCAGAGGGCCAAUCUGUUAGCGAUGCUGCUAGUUUCAGCUCCGACGGGCGCUGA